AUGAGCAACAUCAGAAGGAAGCCAGCGAAGCCCGCUCCCUCGCUGCCAUCUCCCUCCGUGGACACCUCCUCGCUGCAAGACCAGCUGUUGGACGAACAGAAACAAGAGAUCUACGAAGCAUUUUCCCUAUUCGACAUGAACAACGAUGGAUAUCUGGACUACCACGAGCUGAAAGUGGCCAUGAGAGCACUCGGAUUCGAUCUACCCAAGAAAGAAAUCCUCGAUCUGAUCGACCAGUACGACCGCGACGGCCGUCGCUUGAUGCAAUACGAAGACUUCUACCUGAUCAUGGGCGAGAAGAUCGUCAACAGAGACCCCAUAGAGGAGAUAAAGAGGGCGUUCAAGCUAUUCGACGACGACAACACGGGGAAGAUCAGUCUCAAGAACCUGAGAAGAGUUGCCAAAGAACUUGGCGAAAAUCUUACAGACGAAGAACUACGCGCGAUGAUCGAGGAGUUCGACCUGGACGGCGACGGGGAAAUCGAUGAGCAGGAGUUCAUAGCCAUCUGCACCGACAGUUAG